AUGUUUUCAAUAAUCUCUACUCUAUUCAGACCCAUAUGCUAUCCGCUCAAUCUUGUAUUCGGUUCCAUCUACAGGGCUUUGCGUGGCUGGAUUCCAUCAGCGGGCACUACAUUGAAACCAGAGCCUGAGGAUACGACACCGGCUGGAAAUGAUGUGUCAAAUUCCCCCGCCUCCCACGUCGACAUUCGGGUAAUCCAUCAGUAUCUUCCUCCGGGGGUUUCAGAGAUCAUUGGUUGGGGUGGUGGAAGUUACAUCGGCCUUGUUGAUGACACGACUGCCUUGAAAUACCCACAUGUUCCUGGCGACCGGCAAAGCCUUGAAGUAGAGGCUCAACUUCUCGACAUUCUUGGACCUCAUCCUCGAAUAAUCCAAUCCAAGGGGCUGACCGAGCAUGGUCUUCUUCUGGGAUAUGCUCCAAACGGCAACUUAAUGGACUAUAUCACCUCGGAUCACGUUAUUCCUCUUGAAAGAAGGCUUCAUCGGUGCCAACAUGCUGCCGAGGCACUUAGUUAUAUCUAUUCAAAGAGUGUUAUCCAUUGUGAUCUAAAUGUUCGGAAUUUGCUCCUUGAUGAGAACUUGGACCUCAUACUUGCGGAUUUCCAAGGCAUGCUUAAGUCGAGUGGUAAAACAUUACUAGAUGGGCUAUCUCGUGAGUGUACAAAGUCAUUUCGACCGCGAGUUCACGGGGACUAUGCGGAUGUGCACACUGAACUCUUUGCACUUGGCUCCGCAAUUUAUUUCAUCAUGACAGGACACGAACCCUUUCCGGAGCUAGAUAGCUUUGAUGAUGAGGAGAAGAUAGAGUCCUUAUAUGAGGAAGGGAUAUUUCCAUCUGCUGAGCAAGAACAUAUUUGCUAUUACAUCACGGAAAAAUGCUGGAAGCAACAAUACCAGUCUGCUGGGGAUGUUGUUCGGGAUAUUACUCAACUACAGGGAAUAUCCGAGAAGGAGGAUGUCCGGAUCUAG